GCCUCUUUUUCCUGCAUUUUCGCUCCGAGAAAAUCUUUCCCUUUUCUCGGGAAAAUUUUUAUUAUAAAAAAUUUUGAAAGCUCAAAUUUCGCCGUUCCCUUUCCAUUUCAACCACACACAUACACACUCUUACACGAUUUGCAUUCUUCUGCACUCAAAUUCAAUCAUUGUAUCCUUAUAAUCAAACGUAGCUGACUUCCCAAUUUCUCGGAAUUCUCGCUGCGCAAAAUCGCGUUGUUUUUCAAGCUCAAUUUCGGAUCUUCUUGUGUGAUAAUCAAUCCUGCUCCUGGAUCUCAAUUCGAAUCCAAAUGCAUGGGUAUAGCCGCCUAGGAGGAGCAGCACGUUCUCAAAAUUCGCCACCGUCAUCACCACGGUUCCGCCAUGGCCGGAGCAAGAGUAGCAAAGGUUCAUUGAAGGAGAAUAAUUCAAUGGAGAAGUUGUUGUUUGUUAUCAUGUCAACGGUUUUCAGAAGGCGAGGCUUGCUUUUGUUCGCGCCAUUGUUGUAUAUUUCGGGGAUGUUGUUGUAUAUGGGUUCGCUGAGCUUCGAUAAUGUGAGUAUAAAGAAUGGUGUUGUUGUUUUACGCAAGCGUGCUCCUCCGGGUUCUGUUUAUAGGAGUCCUCAGGUCUUUGAAAAACUAUGGCCUUUCAUGGAGGCUGACACUGCCAAUGGAACUGUCAAUGUGUUGAUGGAAGCAUGGAAUAUAAAGGAGCAUAGAGAGUGGAAGCCUUGUGCUAACAAAAGUGUUCCUGAAACAGAAUUGCCAAAGUCAAAUGGGUUCCUUAUAAUUGAAGCAAACGGUGGAUUGAAUCAGCAACGCUUGUCGAUAUGUGAUGCAGUUGCUGUGGCUGGACUAUUAAAUGCAACUCUUGUUAUUCCAAUAUUUCAUUUAAAUAGUGUAUGGCGAGACUCAAGCAACUUUGGUGACAUUUUCGAUGAAAAUUUCUUCAUACAAACACUUGGAAAUCGUUUGCGUGUGGUAAGAGAACUCCCAGAUGACAUACUUCAACAGUUUGACAAUAACAUAAGUAACAUUGUCAAUCUUAGAGUAAAAGCUUGGUCUAGUUCAGCUCACUAUCUUCAGAAGGUCCUUCCUCAGCUUUUGGAAAUGAGGGCUGUUCGCAUUGCACCGUUCUCCAACAGAUUAGCUCAGGCAGUACCCUCAAAAAUUCAGGGGCUUAGGUGCUUUGCCAAUUUUGGAGCUCUUAGAUUUUCAGAAACUAUAAGAACACUUGCAGAAAUUAUGGUUGAUCGGAUGGUUAAACAUAGCUCCCAAAGUGACGGGAAGUAUGUUUCAGUGCAUCUUCGUUUUGAGGAGGAUAUGGUUGCAUUUUCAUGCUGUGAGUAUGACGGUGGGGACGAGGAGAAACAUGAAAUGGAUAUUGCUCGUGAAAGGAGUUGGCGAGGUAAAUUCAGAAGAAGGCACAGGAUAAUAAAGCCUGGUGCAAAUCGGGUGGAUGGAAGAUGCCCAUUGACUCCAUUGGAGGUAGGAAUGAUGCUUAGAGGCAUGGGUUUUGAUAAUACGACCUCAGUAUAUGUUGCAGCAGGAAAGAUUUAUAAAGAACAGAAGUACAUGGCACCACUUAAACAGAUGUUUCCACGAUUACAAACCAAGAAUACACUGGCAACUACUGAAGAGCUUUCUCAAUUUAUGGGCCACUCAUCUAGGUUGGCUGCUCUUGAUUAUACCGUUUGCCUUCAUAGUGAAGUAUUUGUUACAACUCAGGGUGGAAAUUUUCCACACUUCUUGAUGGGUCACAGAAGAUAUAUGUAUGGUGGGCAUUCAAAGACAGUUAAACCUGAUAAGAGAAAAUUGGCUCUUUUAUAUGAUAAUCCUAAUAUAAGAUGGGAAGUAUUCAAGCAACAAAUGAAAGAUAUGCUUCACCAUAGUGAUCAAAAGGGAACUGAGUUAAAAAAGGCUGGUGGUUCUCUAUAUACUUUUCCUAUGCCAGAUUGCAUGUGUAAACAGGCAGAACCCAAAAAUGAAAAUGGUAGUAACACUAGGAAUAUAUAAAGCUAUAGAUGUAAAAGUAUUCUCUUUAGGAAAUCAAAUUGUUCAAUACCUGUAAUUUAUUUUUGUAUCAUUAAGUGUGAAUUCAAAAAGAAAAAUUGUUUGAUUCAAACUUGAAAAAAGCAAUAA